CAGAGGUUCUAACUAGACAAAAAUACAAUGAUGCACCAUUCAUUUUCUCUACUUCCACAGUUCUCUUCAUCAUUUCUUCCCUCUACCAGAACUCUAUUCCCCCCUAAUUUAUUUUCUACUUCUACAAUUCCUCGAUGCGAAUCGUCUUCGAAGGAGACAGGUUUGGAACAAUCGGAGAAGAAGAAGAACGGAUCCUAUCUGUUGGAUUCAUUACACACCAGUAGAUUCUGCUCUUGUGGACGAAGACGUUUUAUUGGAUUCUCAGCAACAUCAUUGCUUCCAGUUUCAUCAUCAUCAAAUGCUUCUGAUUCACAGUCUAAUUCAAACGCAAUGCUGAAUAGAGUUCACCCGCCAAAGCCGGAUUGGUAUGAGGAGUUCUUUGCAUUAGUUAUGGAGAAGGGAAUGACAUUGUACGAGGAGGAGGUUGCAGGUUAUAAAGAAAAGCUUUUUAGUAGUUUGAGGGGAAAGUGCAAGGAUGUAUUGGAGCUUGGUAUUGGUACUGGCCCAAAUCUCAAAUAUUAUGCUGGUGAUGUUGGUGUUCAUGUUUAUGGUGUGGAUCCAAAUAAAAAGAUGGAAAAAUACGCUGCCGCAGCAGCUUUAGCGGCUGGUUUACCAUCAACUAAUUUUUAUUACACACAAGCUGUUGGAGAGGCAUUGCCAGCAAAUGAUGCUUCAAUGGAUGCAGUAGUUGGAACUUUGGUGUUAUGCUCCGUUAAAGAUGUUAAAGCAACUCUAAAAGAAGUGAAGAGAGUGCUGAAACCCGGAGGUUUAUAUGUAUUCAUGGAACAUGUGGCUGCAGAAGGUGGCACCGGUCUCAGAUUUGUACAGAAUGUAGCAGAUCCUUUACAACAACUGCUUGCUGAUGGAUGUCAUCUCACUAGAGAAACAGGAAAAUACAUUUCUGAAGCUGGAUUUUCAGAUGUGAACAUUAACAAAGUUUCUGUUUUUUCUGCCUCUUAUAUAAGCCCUCAUGUAUAUGGUACAGCUUGUAAAUAACUCUAAAUUAUAAUGUCAUUGUAAACACCCUUAAAUUAUCACAGGGUAAUGAGGAGACUAAUCCCAAUACACUAUACAAUUAUCUGGAGAACC